GUAAUAAACACAUCUUUGACUCACACGUUUUCCGACGUAUUUCUCCUACUGUGGCGAGUUAAGCUUUCAAAUACUUACAUAAAAACGUGUUUUUAACCAAUGAAUAGAGUAGACAUUUAUUUCCGUCUCUUAAGCAAAUCUUUAUUCUAAAAGUCUGACAUAGUUUUUCAAACCGCUUAGUUUGUGUUGUGUGUCGUAUAUUUAGUUUAGCCGAGGGGGUUAGCAAUGUUUACAGAACUCAACAGCAUCCUCAACACGUCUCCUGACUCUUACACACGGGGAGAAUUUAUCCUAGUCUCUGAUCGACAGAGUGACGCAUCGUUUCUUAUUCAUCACUUCCUUUCUUUCUACCUACGAGCGCGAUGCAAAGUGUGUUUUCUGGGCUUGGCGCAGUCAUUUUGCCACUACAGUGCAGUGAGUCAAAGACUGGGUGUCAGUUUAACACAGGCAAAGGAGAAAGGUCAGCUGGUUUUCUUUGAGGGACUGAAGGAGUGCCUGUCUGUUCUGACUCCAAAGGAAAACAAUGUGGAAAGCGAAGCUAUGAACUUUCUCAGGGACCCCCCUGUCGGCCUGAGGAGUCUGUAUGAGUUUGUUCGCUCCAGUGUGAUCGGCUCAGACAACAUGGAGGAAGGAGCAGAGCAGUGGGGGCCGAGUGUGCUGCUGGUGGAUGACCUCAGCGUACUGCUGAGUCUGGGCGUCGACGUUGGAGCCGUUUUGGACUUCAGCCAUUACUGCAGAGCUUUAGUUUGCUCCCAAGUGCAGGGAAACAUGGUGAUGCUGGUUCGCUGUAAUGGAGAAGAGGAUGAUGAUGAUGAUGGAGAUAUAGGAUCCGAUGUUCUACUGAAGGGUCUGACCCACCAGUGUAAUCUUAAUCUUCAUGUACAGGGUCUCCCCACGGGCUACUGCAAGGACAUACAUGGCCAGAUGGAAGUUUGUUGGAAGAGGAGACAAGGAGAUGCACCACACAUGCAGAAAAACCUCUUUCAAUACAAAGUUUAUGAUAAAGGAGCAUCCUUUUUUGCCCGAGGGACAUCCAGUGCUGUUCUUUAACUCCACAUUUUGUUUUUCUCACAUGGACUUUUCAAAAUCAGGAGAUAUUAUAGAUUUGACUGAUGUUCAAACUCUAAAUUUGCCUGUUUUAUGAUCCUGUAUAAUCAUUGUCUUUGUCUGGAGGAUGUGAGCUGUGAUAUUCAGCUUACUUCCUGAUUCCAGGUGACUGUGUUUAUUUAUUGGACCUAUGUAACAUUACCUAUUUAUAUUCAUGGCAAUGUUUAAUUAGGAUCAAUUAAAUUUUUAUGAUGAUAGGGUUUGCAAACAUGCACCUUUCUUGAAGUUCAGAAACAGCCUCAUCCCUUCUUAAAACCUUUCUUUCAAAGCACAAUUUUUUUUUAUCGUUUAAAGUGGAAUUAAGCAGCUGUUCUCCUUUUUUUUUCAUUAAUUUAUACCCCAAUAUCUUGUCUUGUUAAGCCCUCAGUCUUGACUUCUUGAAAGGAGACGCAUAACUCAGUAGUAUUCAAUCAGUAUUUUUAUAGCAGUAAGGUAAAGUAUUAUGGUAUUGUUUUCAAUUGGUGGCAUGAUGGUUUGCAUUGCUGUUUAGAAGAUCAUGCAUUUCCUUUGCAUGUGUUGGUUCUUCACUAUUUCUGACUUGCUGCCACACAUUUGAAAACCAUGUAUUCACACAAAUUUGAUGUUCAUCCAUGUCAUGUUUUUCCAUGUAAUAUUAAAGUAGAAUUUUUAAGAAGAAAAAACAUCAGCCAAAACCUGAAACAGAAUGAGAGAAGUGCAUCAUCUUUCAGCUGAACAAUUUAGUGAACAUCAGGCAGUGAGGAGAAGCUUUUUGAAAUUAAUUUUGUUUGUGCAAAAAUUCAUUUUUGUAAUAAAAAAUGAAAUUAAAAGGAUCAGUUCGAUAAUUUA